ACCCCUACCUACCCCUCCCCGUCAUUUCAAUGAGUCUAAAUUUAAGAGGCACAGACAGAUUCUUAAUUCAAGAGCACGGGGUUGGGUUGUCAGUUGUGUUUGCAUCGCAGUCAUGGUCGGAGCGCUAAAUUUGAGCUGCAUUUUGAUCUGUCUCUUGAUUAAUCAUUUUGACCUUGGCCUUGCUCAAUAUUCGUACAAUGGCGCCAUCGACGUCGCCGACGCAUUGGGCCCCAAGUUGGCUGGUCAUGUUUUUCCGGAUGUUUCACCAGAUGUCCAGGAGCAGGCUGCCAGAGAUGUGAUUAAACGUGUAAUUGGUAAAAAAGCGUCGGAGUCGUUUGAGGUUGAGGUCAAUAGGCUGCUCGAUGUGCGGAGUUUUCAGAUCAGUAUGUUGGACAGUGGUAAGAUUCUAAUAGCCGGCUGGGAUGGAACAUCUGUGUGCAAGGGCUUCCAUCAAUAUCUUAAAUACCAAUUAAAUAAGGAUGUGGAUUGGUUUAAGAUGACCAUUGAAUUGCCGGUCAAUCAACAUUUGCCAAAUGUGAGCAUGAGCUCCACGUCGGCGAGUCCCAUUAUCUAUUAUCAGAAUGUCUGCACUUGGGGCUACAGUUUCGCCUGGUGGAAUUUCCAGCAAUGGCGUCGCAACAUUGAUUGGAUGGCUCUAAUGGGCAUCAGUUUGACCAUAGCACCUAUCCAGGAGUUCAUUUGGCAGGAUAUUUACACACAACUCGGUCUUAACUUGGAUGAAAUUGAAGCGCAUUUCGCGGGUCCGGCAUUUCAGCCAUGGCAGCGCAUGGGCAACAUACGAGGAUGGGGCGGCGGAUCACCUAAUCAGGGUGGAGGCUCGGAGUUCCGGAGAUUGCAGUAUUUGCUGCAACAGCAGAUUAUCCAGGCACAACGUGAACUGGGUAUUAGUGUGGCAUUGCCGGCAUUUGCUGGCCAUGUGCCCCGCGCCUUGAGACGCAUUUUUCCCCAAGCCAAUUUCACCGAGACAGAACGCUGGAAUCGUUUUCCCAAUGCCUAUUGUUGCGAUCUCUUUGUGGAGCCGCAGGAGCCACUCUUUCGCCAGUUGGCCACUACGUUUCUGCGUCGUGUGACCCAACGUUAUGGCUCCAAUCAUAUAUUCUUCUGUGAUCCCUUCAAUGAACUGGAACCGCCUGUGUCCCAGGCAGAUUUUAUGCGAUCCACAGCAGCUGCAAUUUAUGCUUCCAUGCGUGAAGUUGAUCCCAAAGCCAUUUGGCUACUGCAGGGCUGGAUGUUUGUGAAGAAUAUCUUUUGGACCGAUGAGCUCAUUGAGGCUUUUCUCACAGCUGUCCCCCAGGGGAAUCUACUCGUCUUGGAUCUUCAGAGUGAGCAAUUUCCACAAUAUCAACGCACCAAGUCAUACUAUGGCCAACCAUUUGUUUGGUGCAUGUUGCACAAUUUUGGCGGAACCCUCGGAAUGUUGGGAUCCGUGGAACUGGUCAAUUCGGGCAUGGACUUGGCGCGGCAAAUGCCAAAUAGUAGCAUGGUGGGAGCAGGCAUUACACCUGAAGGUAUUGGACAAAACUAUGUCAUGUAUUCCUUUGCUCUGGAACGCGGUUGGAGUGAUCGAAAACUGGACUCGGCGGGAUGGUUCACUCAUUUCGCCCUGACCAGAUAUGGAGUUCAGGAUGAGCGUCUUAACCAAGCCUGGCAGCUCCUGCGGACCAGUGUCUACACAUUUCACGGGCUUCAGAAGAUGCGAGGAAAGUAUACAAUAACCAGAAGACCGGCCAUUAAUUUGUCGCCAUUCACCUGGUAUAAUGUCACCCAUGUGUUGGAGGCGUGGCAAUUGAUGCUGAGUGCAAGGAGUAUUAUUCCCCUGGACGAUAAUAGAUAUGAUAUCUAUCAGCAUGAUCUGGUGGACAUUACGCGUCAAUAUCUUCAGAUCACAGCGGAUCAAUUGUAUGUCAAUUUGAAUUCAUCUUAUCGUAAACGACAAUUGGCUCGCUUCGUGUAUUUGGGGAACAAGUUGUUGGAAUUACUAGACGAUCUGGAGCGCAUUUUGGGCAGUGGAUCAAAUUUCUUGCUAGGCACAUGGCUGGAAGCUGCAAAGCUACUGGCCCCCACUGUCGAGGAUCAAUCCAAUUUUGAGUUCAAUGCCCGCAAUCAAAUCACCACGUGGGGUCCCAAUGGUGAGAUAUUGGACUACGCCUGCAAGCAAUGGUCGGGCAUGAUCAGUGAUUAUUAUAGACCACGUUGGGCCCGCUUUUUGGACGAUGUGACUCUUGCCCUGCAAUCAAAUCAACCAUUCAAUGCCAGUGCAUAUAAGCAACAUGUGCUGAAGGAAAUUGAAAAGCCAUUCAGUAAGAUGAACAAACAAUAUCCUGUUCGGCCCUCAGGUGAUCCUUGGCUCAUUUCACAGGAUAUUUUUGAGAAAUGGUCCAAGUAUACAAAAGAUACCAAGUAUUUGCACAAUAAUCGCUUGCAGUUGCCAUAUAAAUGAAAAAUCAAAAGAUAAUGGUGUAUAAGAAUAUAAUAAAUAAUGUGAUUAAACCUCGUAUCUUCUUGGGCAUAGCUACUAAUUGAUCUUAUCUGGUCUUAUGUAGUUUUAAUUGAUUUUUAUUUUUUAAAUUAAUGUACAAACUAAUUAUGUAAAAAUUCAACCAUCAUCAUCAUCAUCAAAUAUGCAUUUCUAUGGUUA